CAAAGAUAGAUCCUGCUCCAGGAGCCAGGAAGCCUUGCCCUGGCCAGCUGUGCUGGGCACCUCCCCUGCCUGCUUCCUGGCCCACUUGCAGGCAAGGUGAGGGCAUGCGAAUGGCUGCCACUGCCUGGGCGGGGCUCCAAGGGCCACCCCUCCCCACCCUCUGUCCCGCAGUGAGGACGGGACUCUACUGCCGAGACCAGGCUCACACUGAGAGGUGGGCCAUGACCUCCGAGACCUCUUCCGGAAGCCACUGUGCCAGGAGCAGGAUGCUGCGGCGACGGGCCCAGGAAGAGGACAGCACCGUCCUGAUCGAUGUGAGCCCCCCUGAGGCAGAGAAGAGGGGCUCUUACGGGAGCACAGCCCACGCCUCGGAGCCAGGUGGACAGCAAGCGGCCGCCUGCAGAGCUGGGAGCCCUGCCAAGCCCCGGAUCGACUUCGUCCUUGUUUGGGAGGAGGACCUGAAGCUAGACCGGCAGCAGGACAGUGCCGCCCGGGACAGAACAGACAUGCACAGGACCUGGCGGGAGACUUUUCUGGAUAAUCUUCGUGCGGCUGGGCUGUGUGUAGACCAGGUACGUGGAGGCGGUCAUGGGCAGGGCCCUAGGCCCUGCGUCCACUCAGUGACCCAUGACCUUGCCGCAUGAGGCCUGAGGGCAUGGUGUCCAGAGUCCCAGAGCAGAUCAGGCCCCAAAGUCCUGCUGGAUCCCCCAGCCACCGUGAGCUCCUCCGUGUGGCUAGGGAGCUGCUGUCCAGAGGCAGAGGUAAACAUUGAUCCCUCCUGCACACUCAGCUCUCUCAUGGAAGUCGGAGCCCUCAGGGUCACCUGAAAACUCUGACACUACUUUUGCCAUUCACCUGUCCCAUCUCCAACAUUAAAGCUUUUGGGUAGGCG